GAUCUCAGCCAGGUACCUGUCCCUGUCAUGCUGCUCCCAGAUGACUUCAAAGCCAACACCAAGAUCAAAGUCAACAACCACCUCUUCAACAAGUAGGCCUGCUUUACUGCAAUACAAGAUUAUUAUGGAGACUGUAAAUUAAUAGACAGACUACUGAUUGAAUUUACACAUUGGAGGGAUACUUGAAAGUAGCUGAUGUUUUCCUCCUCUGCAACAGGCAUUGUAAAGUAUUUCCAAACAAAACAAUAAGUUUAUGCUUGUCAUAAUUUUGAAGCUUUGUCACUUCUUCAGUGUCGUGUUUUUAUGUCUGUGUUGGAGGGAUUGUUGAAUAUCUUUUACAUACAGAUUUACCAUACAGAUCAAGGCAAGCAACAGGGUUAAGAUAUAUUAAUUAUAAAUAUUUAAAUGUUCUUCUCAAAGCAGUAAGGAGAUUUUAACAGCAAGAUGAGACAGUUAAACUUUUGGGUACAGCGCAACACUGUGACGUGCAGCAGUUAAGUAGCCAGGGCAAUUAGACUCACGAUGACAUGUCCACUGAAGGAAUGUGAAACAUGAUUUGUAUGUGUGUUUGUGGGGUAGACAGAGAGAGAGAGAAUAUGAUCUCACUUUUUAGAGCUUGCCCCCUCCCUAAAUGAUAGGUAACCACCAGUGCAUAAUUUUUAUUGGUUGUUUUUCUUGAUAUUUGUCUUUGUUUUGUUGUAGUCCAGCAUUCAUAGUUGGAUACAGAGGCUAAAGUGCAACUUCUGUGAGAUUUUGUGGAUUUUUCAAAUCCUUUAAUCUGGUCUGGAAUUUCAACUCGUUGAAAACUGCUCCCUCUUUGUUAGGUCUCUAGUUGCUCUGCAGAGCAGAAAAAAAAUCUAAUUUAGGAAUACAUUGUUCAUGGUAGUCCAUGACAGUGUUGUUAUAUAUUAGGUUUGGCUUGAUAAUAUAAAACUGUAAUGUUGGCCUAAUAGUGUGCAUUUGCAAUAUUUGAUGACCACUCAACUUUGUGCAAAACUAUUCAUGAUAUGAGCAUGUGUUUGUGACAACUUCUUUUCCACCAUAUCAAUUGGUUAUUCAGUUUAGCUGUCAGCAGACGUGACGUUCAGUUAUGUCAGCAACCAUGACGUUAGUUAUGUCAGCCUUUGUCUCUUCUCUGCUGCCAUGUUCAUGUGGAUGUACUGUAUACUGCGAGUGAUUGGGAGCGUGGUGUUCCAUUUGAACAAGGAAGUGUGGAAUUCCUGCCUAAAAUAUGGAGAGGAGAUAAAGACCAAGACAAGGAGGGACAAACAUCCAUGUCCACAAGAGAAUCUUCCAGGCCAUUUCAAGUUUAAAGAGUACUGUCCACAGGUGUUCAGAAACCUCAGAGAGAGGUUUGGAAUAGAGGAUCAGGAUUAUCAGGUGUCUCUAGCUCGCAGUCCUCCUGUCAAGGAUGGGGAGGGGCAGGGGAUGGGUUUGAUGCUGACUUCAUAUGACAGAACCCUGAUGGUGAAGCAGAUCUCGAGUGAGGAGGUAGAAGACAUACACAACAUCCUGUCUGAAUAUCACCAGUAUAUAGUGACAUGCCAUGGUAGCACUCUGCUGCCUCAGUUCCUGGGCAUGUACCGGGUCACUGUGGAGAGUGAGGACACAUACCUCAUUGUCAUGAGGAACGUCUUCAGUCACAGGCUACAUGUACACAGAAAAUAUGACCUCAAGGGGUGCUUGGUGUCCCGUGCAGCUAGUUUUAAAGAAAAGGUGAAGGAGUUGCCCACUUACAAAGAUGUAGACUUCAGGAAUAAUAUGCAGAAAGUAUAUGUGUCUGAGGCUGCAAAGGAGAAGAUUAUGGACAAGCUGAACAGAGAUAUAGAGUUCCUGGUGCAUCUGAGGAUUAUGGACUACAGCCUGCUGCUGGGCAUCCAUGAUGUAGAGAGGGCAGAGAGGGAGGAAGAUGAAGUGGAAGAGAUAGAGGAGUCCUCGUACGAAGAGGAAGAAGAGGAGGAGAAUGGCCUGGCCCCUGUUGCUGCUGUCGGCUCCUAUGGGGCUUCCCCUGAGGGUAUCGCAGGGUACAUGAACUCCUUCAAGCCAUUGGGCCCUGGGGAGUUUGACCCUUAUGUGGAUGUAUAUGCCAUCCAGAGUGCAGAAGGUUCUCCCCAGAGGGAGGUGUACUUCAUGGGCCUGAUUAACGUGCUGACCCAUUACGACACCAAGAAGAAAGCUGCUCAUGCCGCCAAGACUGUAAAACAUGGGUGUGAUGUCUCCACCAGGCUGGAGCCGAAAUCUCAACUGUUCACCCUGAGCAGUAUGCCAAACGGUUCCGGGAGUUCAUCGCCAAGAUCUUUGCUUAGUGUUUAAAGCACAGUCACUGCUACCACACCUCACUAUAAAUAAGCUAGUCAAUUUGCAGUAGCACUCCCUUUUAAACUUUUGAUUUAAUAUUUAAUCUUAGCAAUUCAGAUAAUGUUUUUGUUUCAGACAUUUAGAAUGUAUUAAUUAUUCAAACUAUACAUUAUUUGUUCUUCGAUGACCGUAAUAUAUUCACUAAUUGUUCUUAAGUUACUAAAAAGCUUUUUGUUUGAUUAAAUACACUCAUUGGACUGUUUGACUGUUGGGACUGGUUAAAGAAAUCAUAAGAAUAUCCUGAGGUACUCACAGUGGCCUUUAUCUGUGGAAUGUUGGAAACCUGGUCUGUACUAAUAACAAAUUCUGAUACGAGAUGAAUGUCAGUCUGACUGCAGCUAAUUUUCUGGCGUUUUAAACAAGAUGUACUGGAACAGUGGGACCGAGAUGAUGACCAUUGAAUCAGAUUGGACAAGUAUUUUAGAAACACAAAUGAUUCAUUCAGUCAAAAUUAUGUUCUCAUCAUUGACUUCUGCGUAUGUUUAGUCUGAUUUCAUUAAAUGUUUAAUUUAUGUAUGAAUUGA